AGUAUAACUCAAAGGUAAACAAAUAAAUUUGCGAAAAGAUUGGAAAAAAUUUAUCAUUUACAUUUUGAUUCGAGAUGAAGGAUGAGGACACUCUGCCCACAUCGGCGACGGCGAAUUUGAAGAAGGAAAGUUCAGGUUCGAGUUUAUUUGGUAAAUGCCGGUGCAAGUUCUGGGCAAAACCCGGCCAUUUUGUUGCUCGCAUUAUGGUCUAUGUUCAACGGCACCGUUACUCUGCGGUGGUCAGCCGGCAAUCUGAACCGUCUUACCAAUGAUCUCCAUAGCCCCGUCCACUAUGACCUAGAUGUCCUCGAAAUGGAAGAGAGAGAGAAAGUGGUGAAGCACAUGUGGGAUGCGUACAGUAACAGCCGCCAGAUCAGAUUACCGAGGUUUUGGCAAGAGGCGUUCGAGGCUGCCUACGAGGAGUUGACCAGUGAUGUGCCCGGGGUUAAAGAAGACGCAAUUACUGAGAUCGCCGAGAUGUCCAUACGAUCCGUUGAUCUUUACCAUCCUCGCAUCCAAUCAAUGGUGAGAGUUUAG